AUUGUACUAUAUGUACGUUAUGCAUGUGGCUAUUCGUCGUGUAGGGGUUAGUUCAGCUUGGGUCCACUUCAAGGAGGUGUGUGGGGUAAGUAUAAGUCCUGCCCCGCGGUAUGGGUGAUGAGGAUGAGGAUGAGGACGAUGAUGAGUUCCAAGUCGAAUUCAAUUCCGAAACCGUAAUAUCUCUAUUCAUCGUAGCUAGCGAAAUAGCUAGAUAAGAGAGAAACCGAAAUGGCCAUCGUCGACAUCACCCGAAAGGGUGACCUCGGCGGUUUGCACCUUUUCGACAUAACCAUAAGCAAGGCAGAUUCUGACCCAGCGUGUGCCCGACAAAAAACCUCAUUAUCAGUCAGGCCCCCUAUGCUGCUGGCAACAGAUACUCCGGGGGUAUACCAAACGCCGGGUGGCGGACCAGACUGGGUAGUUAAGCAUGUACGAGACAUGGUAGAAGCGCUACAGGUACGCACGAUCCUACCUGCCAGUUCCUGCAGCGAUACACUGAUUAUCCGCGUCACGGAACAAAUAUCAUGGGAUUCUGAUGAAAUGGAAGAUACGAUGCCCGUAGUUCGCGUGCUUUGGGAGCUUCUAGAACGGCUUGACCUUUGGGAACCCUCAAUACGACCGUCGUCGGUCAGCGUGAUCCGAACAAUCGCAGCGGACGCCAUCGACCAAUCCAAUGAAACUGACAGUAAAGUCAACAAAAGUGAUGGCCACUGUGACGACGGCAAUGAGGAAAGACCACCGAGGGUCGUUGUCUUGGCGUGUCGCGCCCCUAGCGGCACCACUACCAAUACCGACAGCGAGUCUAAGUUUAUCCGACCGGUCUUUCACACCAUCUUGGCGGCGACCGAGGAGCCUAACGCAGACGCCUCUACCGCCGUUGGUAAUAACACCAAAAAUAUCACCUUUGUGCGUCCCGGUUCUUUUCGAGCCCUCGAGGCCGAACUCAAAGCCCGCCCACGGGGCUAUUACACAACGAUCCAUCUGGACAUGGAAGUUGUGCACAAAUCCAAGUCCAAGAUAUAUUUUCAGUUUAUCAAACAUGGAAAAGGCUCGUUUCAAGAAAUACAGGCAGAUCUCAAGUCCGCUUCCAAAGUUGGUGCGUUGCUUGCGCUAUAUGGCGUUCAUCGCGUAAUAAUUAUUCCCUGCCCGCUUGCAAGGUCCGCCACUGAGGCCGCAGCCGCAGCGCUUAUUAGCGCCGGUAUGUGCACCGUGGUCACCUUAGCAUACCCAGCCGCGGAGAGGAGCGUAGAUUUGUUCACAAGACGUCUUUACAUUGCUCACGUUCAGCAAGCUCUUGGCCUGGAAGAAGCUGCACGAAGGGCGAGGCGAUAUUUGAGAUCAGCAAGAGCUGAUGUUGGUAGCGAUGGGAAUAAAGUUCCUGUCUGUGACUUCAUACCGCUCGUAUACGUCGAUAGGGGUUGGCGCGUGCCUAGCCAGACGAGCUCCCACGUCAACAUUAACGACCAGUCUCGUCAGUAUGAAUCCAGCAAUCACAGCCAAAUCCCAUACCCAUACGGACGCGAAAUCGACAUUCUCCACAUAGAAUCAAUAUUUCUGCUUGGAGACAGGUUGCCGCUUCUGCUCCGUGGCCCGCCCGGCAUCGGCAAGACCGCGCUUCUGAACCACUUGCGCGUCUGGUGGAAGGCCUCAGGUAUGAUUGACGAUUCGGCGCAUCUCCACCUUGCCACAACUGGACCCUUUAAUAAGGAUGACAUUCUGCAGCGUCUACAGCUCCAUUUUACCCAAAGCCAGACCCCAGACCGUACAUCUAUUGAUCCUUUGCGUGAGCAUCUGAAGCGCCAUAGGUGUCUCGUCGUACUUGACGACCUCGAGUCGGCUACUCUCAAUAACCAGCAUCGCCUGUUUCUGAAUCUCUGCUCGACGCUGUCUAAGGCCGGUGCGAUCGUAAUUAUGGCGUCGCGCAGGCGGGAAAAGUGGCUCAGCAAGGCAUCGAAAGCGUAUGAACUUGUUGGGUUACAUACUUGGCCAGCUACUCAGAUGGUCAUAGAUUCUGGGGUUAGCAACCGUGUUAUCGAUAUCGAUCUGCCUGCAUCGCCGUCUACGCAGGAGAUAAUGAAAACAAAAGAAGACAGGGAUUAUAUUGAUGGGAUCGUCGAGAUGGUCGACGGAAACCCGCUGGUCGUAGAAUUUAUGAUUCGGAGCGGCUUGUAUCGAUCUAUCACCCCUAGAAAUGCGUACUUAACCUUGCUUAUAAACUCGCGCAAGCCCGGUGCUAGCUCUACCGCCCUUGACCUGGCCAACGUCUUAUGUCCGGUGACUAAGCCAGAGUUACCAGAGCAGUUCCGCAGUGUGAGGCAGCUAGAAACAAUCUUUCAAAGCCUUCUUCCCGCAAAAUUAGGCGAGGGCUUCCUGCCAGCACUUCUUGUAUCUUUUAUUGGCGGCAUCCCCUCAAAGGACCUCAUCACGCUUCUGUACAUCUGGAGCACAAGAUUGAGACACAAACUAGGAGAAGCUGCUUCCAUUCGGCGUAUCCGCACCCACCUAGACUCUCCUAAGCUUCUCAGAGAUAGCGCUAGACUCAUUCACGACGCGGGUCCCGCCCUGAAAACUCUGUUGGGAAUUGCUGUGGCGGUCACGUCCGAGCAGAGUUCAGCCUCAGGUCUUUACAGGCAGGAAUCCGACAGAGGCACAUCUUCUGUUACUCUUGCUAGUGCCGUCGUCUUUCGGGAGGACGUCGAGUUUCCUCAACAGCCACCAGCAAUAAACGGCUUGCUGAAUGCCAUGUGCGAUCGCGUCAAGGAUACACUAGUCGAGGCCGGCAUGCUUGAAGAGAUACCUCUAGCUGACAACAAUCGGGGCCUUAUGCGGGUAAAUCCACUAGUUCCUUUGUUCCUAAGGCGAGAAGCAGACUAUGUCAACGACACAUUUUCGAUCGCAUCGACGGCGCGCGAGGCAUUUGUACUCUAUUACUGUUACCGAGGAAAGAGGUGGCCGUGGGGCUAUUGGAAUCAUACUCGGGGUAAAUGGCCAGAGGCAUUUGCCGAUAUUGAGGUUGAAUUCGACAACUUUGCGUCUGCCUGCUUGACGGGUCUCUAUAUAAUUAGUUUUGACACAUUGCAGCUGCUUUCUUUGCUAAGGAUUGCCGCUGUGCUCGAGCAUGGCACCGGCGAGCCAAAAUAUUACUAUAGGAAGAACAUAGUCUUGCUGGUGUGGACUCUGGCUCUGGCCAGGAUAAACGUAGCGAUAGCAAAGCUCGAACCGACAGACCCAGGAAGCCAGACCGAGCUGUUCACGCUUCUUCUGGCUGCCGUCUACUUUUGCAGUCGGAUUGGUCAAUAUGAAGAGGUUAACAGAAACUCGGAAGGAGCAAACAGAAGUAGAAAGUUGAUCUCCAAGUAUGCUAUAUUAGCCAGCAUGAGAGUCCCGGAGGAUGAAGCCGAAACGACACGCUCAUUGGCGCCUAAAGCGCUCGAGACUGUCGCCCGCAUGGCAGCCAACCCGGACUGCGAAAUACGUUACAAUAUUUGCGAUUAUAUCACUGGUCACAUCUUCGAACGCAUUUCGGAUCCAUUUCGUGCUCACACUCCGCCGGCGUCGUCUGUAGAGUCGUUGGCUUCGUUUGAGAUCGAUCUAGUCAUUAUGUUCUCUGUAUGGGCCGAAUUUGGUCGAGGUGCGAAGCUGACUAAGGAUGCUCUCACUGCCGUGCAGAGAGGCGACUGGACUGCGGCUAACGAGUCGCUAGACAUGACGCUCGAGCUGGAGCUCAAUGCUGAGAAAAACGACUGUGCAAACAGGGCCCGCCUAGUUAGUCUGCAAGCAAUUGUAGCUGAUGGGCAAAAGGAUUUCGAGAGGGCGAAGCAUCUAAGAGAGGAGCAAUCGAGACUUGAAGGAGUCGCCGCUAAGGCAAGUGAGGGCGAGGGUUUGUUUGAUGGGCUCGGAGAUUAGGUAGCUUCGAAGAAUGUCGGCAUAAGCGCGGUGGUUAUCGAUUGUGUGCCUAGCGACUUAUAUGAGCGGUAUUAGCAAGUCCUUACAGUCAAAUGGAUUGUAUCUCGAAUUUCAUAUAUUAAUCAAAAGCCAAUUUUUGUAGGUAGUUGUGAGUUGUUUUCCUUGAG